UUUUUUUGAAGAUUAAUCACAAAAAGAGUAUGAAAACACCCGACGCACGAACUGAAACGCUGAAGAAAAAUGAUGAGAAUGUGACAACGUUAAAUAAUUCGUGGGAAUUUCCAUCAACAAAUGGUUUAUAUAAUCCAGAUCAAGAACAUGAAGCAUGUGGUGUUGGAUUCAUUGCUGCAAUUGAUGGACGCCGAUGUCAUAAAAUUCUUCGUGAUGCUGAAACACUUUCAUUACGUAUGAAUCAUCGUGGUGCAUGUGCUUGUGAUAAUGAUACAGGACUUGGUAGCAACACAGGUGAUGGUGCUGGAGUUUUAACUGCAAUUCCACAUUCAUUUUAUCAAUCAGUGCUACAAUCAUUUGAUCCGGCUAUAGAGUUGCCAGAAUCAGGACGUUAUGCCACUGGUAUAUUUUAUUUGGAUCGUAUGUCACAUGAAAGUUGUGAAAAAGGUGUUGCAGAAUUAGCUAAAUCUAUUGGGUUAAACGUAUUAACAUGGCGUACAGUACCAACUCGAAAUUCCACAAUUGGACAGGUGGCUAAAAAUACUGAACCAUUUAUGCGACAGAUAUUUCUUGUACCUAUCGAUGAAGGUAUGUCUCAAAAGGAUUUCGAACUUGCUGUUUUUAUUUUGCGAAAACGUGCAAGUCAUAUAUUUCCUAAACCUGCUGUAAGAUUUUACAUCUGUUCUUUAUCUACGCGCACCAUUGUCUAUAAGGGUCAAUUUACAGCUGAACAAUUAUGGGGCUAUUUCCCAGAUCUAUCAGAACCUAAGUUUGAUACAUACUUAGCUUUGGUGCAUACUAGAUUUUCAACAAAUACCUUCCCGUCAUGGGAACGAGCACAUCCUUUACGUGUCCUAGCCCAUAAUGGUGAAAUUAACACUUUACGUGGUAACGUCAAUUUCAUGAAAGCUCGUGAAGGUGUUAUGGCAAGUGAUAUUUUAUCGCAAGAAAAAUUAGCACAAUUAUACCCAGUUGUUGAGCCUGGUUUAUCGGACAGUGGAUCUGCCGAUUGUGUACUUGAAUGGUUAGUGCAUUUAGGCGGUCGAAGCUUACCAGAAGCCGUUAUGACAAUGGUGCCAGAAGCGUGGAGUGCUGAUCCAACUAUGCCUGAACAUAAACGUGCGUUUUAUCAAUGGGCUGCUUGCGCAAUGGAACCAUGGGACGGCCCUGCUUUAAUAUCGUUUACUGAUGGGCGCUAUAUUGGUGCUAUUUUGGAUCGAAAUGGUUUACGUCCAUCCCGAUUUUAUAUUACGAAGGAUAAUAUGAUGAUUAUGGCUAGUGAGGUUGGAGUUUAUGACGUGGAUCCUGCCAACGUAGAAUUGAAAUCUCGAUUGAAACCAGGUCGUAUGUUAUUAGUCGAUACACAGGAAGGUCGUGUAAUUCAAGAUAUAGAAUUAAAACGACACAUUGCAGAAGCUAGACCACAUGCUGAAUGGCUAAAAGAACAGUUGUUUACAAUUGAAGAUAUGCAUGCGGCUCACAAGAAGGCUGGUCGUGGUUUUGAUAAUUUGUAUGCACCAAGUGGAUUGUCCGACAAAAGAAUGUCACUAUAUGGCUAUACACCAGAAACAGUACGGUUGCUAUUAAUUCCAAUGUUAACCAAUGGAAAAGAAGCCUUAGGAAGUAUGGGUAAUGAUGCUCCUUUGGCAUGCUUAUCAAAUUUUUCACCUUUGGCCUACGAUUAUUUUAAACAAUUAUUCGCACAAGUUACAAAUCCUCCAAUCGAUCCAUUCAGAGAACGUUGUGUAAUGUCACUGCAAGCUCCUAUUGGACCUGAAGCAAAUACCUUAAAACCUGGUCGUGAACAAACACAUCGAAUCUGGUUAAAACGACCUGUAAUCUCACCAGCAGAUUUACGUGUACUCGAAGAAACCGAUUAUCGCGGAUGGUCCGCAUGUGUUUUAGAUACAACAUGGCCACUGGAAGCAGGCCCUUCAGGUCUUGCAAAAGCUUUACAAGACUUAUGCAAACAAGCAGAAGAAAGUAGUUUUACAAAUCAAUUAUUAAUUUUAUCUGAUCGAAAUGCAAGUGAAACGCGUGUACCAAUGGGAUCAUUACUUGCAUUGGGCGCAGUACAUCAUCAUUUAAUCGAAACACGUCGUCGAAUGACAGUAGCAUUAAUUGUUCACACAGCCGAAGCACGGGAAGUACAUCAAAUUUGUUUGUUACUUGGAUAUGGUGCAGAUGCCAUUUGUUCGUAUCUAGCAUUGGAAUUGGCAGUGUCAUUGCGUGAACAAGGUGUUCUUGACGAAAGUAUCACUAAUGAGCAAUUUUGUGAAAAUUAUGCUAAAGCUGUCGAAACUGGUAUUGCAAAAGUUAUGGCUAAAAUGGGUAUUAGUACAAUUCAAUCUUAUAAAGGUGCUCAAAUCUUUGAAGCUGUUGGUUUAGCAGAAGAUGUUAUAGAUAGAUGUUUCAAAAAUACACCAAGUCGAAUUGGAGGUGUUACAUUAGAAACAUUAGCUUCGGAAGCCUUAACUCGCCAUAGUUUUACAUAUCAUCAAUCUGUUGAUGCUCUCGUACUACGUAAUCCUGGUGAUUUUCAUUGGCGUGCUGGUGGUCAACGUCAUAUUAAUGAACCUGCUGGAGUGGCAACUUUAAGAGAAGCGGCUCAAACUAACAAUAAAAAUGCUUAUGAUAAAUUCCGUGAAGCAACAAUGAGCUCAAUCAAAGCUUGUACGUUAAGAGGACAGUUAGAAUUGGUAGUUUUAGAUCAACCAAUCGAUAUUAACGAUGUUGAGCCAGCUGCUGAAAUUGUUAAAAGAUUUGCUACUGGAGCUAUGAGUUUAGGUUCAAUAAGUGCUGAAACACAUCAAACAUUGGCUAUUGCUAUGAAUCGUGCUGGUGCUAAAAGUAAUACUGGAGAAGGUGGUGAGUUGGAAGAACGUUUCACAAAUCCAACAGUUCGUAGUGCGAUCAAGCAAGUUGCCAGUGGUCGAUUUGGUGUUACUGCAGCUUAUCUAGCCCAUGCAGAUGAUCUUCAAAUUAAAAUGGCGCAAGGUGCUAAACCAGGUGAAGGAGGUGAAUUACCUGGGCAUAAAGUAACUGCUGAAAUAGCUAGAACAAGACAUUCUGUACCGGGUGUUGGUUUAGUGUCACCACCACCCCAUCACGAUAUCUACUCAAUCGAAGAUCUUGCUGAGUUGAUUUACGAUUUAAAAUGUGCCAAUCCCAAUGCUAGAAUUUCAGUGAAGCUAGUCUCAGAAGUAGGUGUGGGUGUUGUCGCUGCAGGAGUAGCUAAGGGUAAAGCUGAGCAUAUUGUUAUCUCUGGUCACGAUGGUGGCACUGGAGCUUCUUCUUGGACUGGUAUUAAACAUGCUGGUCUUCCUUGGGAACUUGGAGUAGCUGAAACUCACCAAACGCUUGUCUUGAACAAUCUUCGUUCACGUAUUAUCUUACAAGCUGAUGGACAAAUUCGUACAGGUUUUGAUGUUGUGAUUGCAGCAUUAUUGGGAGCUGAUGAAUUUGGAUUCAGUACAGCACCUUUAAUUGCACUUGGUUGCACAAUGAUGCGAAAAUGUCAUUUAAAUACAUGCCCAGUGGGUAUUGCAACACAAGACCCUGUUCUUCGAAAGAAAUUUGCUGGCCAACCUGAACAUGUACUAAAUUAUUUGUUUUUGCUUGCUGAAGAAGUUCGUGGUCAUAUGGCUGCUAUGGGUGUAAAGAAAUUCCAAGAAUUGGUUGGUCGGACAGAUUUGUUAAGAGCAAGCACUGAUCCUGGUGCUGGUCCAAAAGCACGUUUAUUAAAUUUAAGACCAAUCUUACAAAAUGCUUUGCAUUUACGACCUGGUACAAGUAUUUUAGGUGGUUCAAUUGCCCAAGAUUUCCAAUUGGAAAAACGUUUAGAUUGUAAAUUAAUUGAGUUGGCCGAACCUGUUUUAAAAGGAGAACAAAAAGUAAUUGAUAUUAAUAUGGUGAUUAAUAAUGAAACCAGAGCUUUUACUUCAACUUUGAGUUAUAAUAUUGCCUUAAAAUAUAGCGAAGCUGGUCUUCCAGAAGGAUCAAGGAUUAAUAUAAAUUUAACAGGCUCAGCUGGACAAAGUUUUUGUGCGUUCUUAGCUAGCGGAGUUCAUGUUACGCUUGAGGGUGAUUCCAACGAUUAUGUUGGUAAAGGACUUAGUGGUGGAACUGUUGUCAUUUAUCCACCAAAAACAUCCACUUUUGAAUCUCAUUUAAAUGUAAUUGUGGGUAAUGUGUGCUUAUAUGGUGCUACACGUGGUCGUGCUCAUUUCCGUGGUAUUGCAUCUGAACGAUUUGCUGUUCGAAAUUCUGGUGCUAUUGCUGUGGUAGAAGGCGUUGGUGAUCAUGGUUGUGAAUAUAUGACCGGUGGUACGGUUUUAAUUUUAGGACUUACUGGUAGAAACUUCGCCGCAGGAAUGUCUGGUGGUAUUGCUUAUGUAUUAGAUAUAGAUGGAUCAUUCAAAACAAAAUGUAACCAGGAAACUGUGGAAUUACUACCUUUAGAACUUGAAGACGAUUUAAAAAUCGUUAAAGACUUAUUGGAAGAAUUCGUUGGUUAUACGGGAUCAAUAAUUGCAACUGAUUUAUUAAAAUCUUGGCCAGAACCAGCAAAACAAUUUGUCAAAGUAUUCCCAUUAGAAUAUCAGAAAGUACUAAAAGCAAAAGCUCCCCCACUUACAAACAAUGUAAAUAAUUUAACGAAUAAUGAACCAAAGAUAUUGGAUAUCGAAGAUGCUGUUCAAGACGAACGUCGUGCGGAAAGAGCUUUGGAUAAAGUACGAGGAUUUCUAAAAUAUCCAAGAGAAACUGGUCUAUAUCGUCCUGCCGAAAAACGUUUACGUGAUUGGGAUGAAGUAUAUAAUUUCCAACAUGUGCGUAAAGGUCUUCGAGUUCAAGCUGCGCGUUGUAUGGAAUGCGGAGUACCCUUCUGUCAGUCAGAUUCUCAUGGAUGUCCACUUGGAAAUCUAAUUCCAAAAUGGAAUCUAUUAAUAUUCCAAGCAAAUUGGAAGGAUGCACUUAAACAUUUAUUACAAACCAAUAAUUUCCCAGAAUUUACUGGUCGAGUAUGUCCAGCACCAUGUGAAGGUGCUUGUGUGUUAGGUAUUUCGGAGCCUCCAGUUACUAUUAAAAAUAUUGAAUGUGCAAUUAUUGAUAAUGCAUUCGAGGCUGGAUUAAUAAAAGCGGAACCACCCGCUUUUCGUACCGAUAAAAAAAUUGCUAUUGUCGGCAGUGGUCCAGCUGGUUUAGCAGCAGCACAUCAAUUAAAUAAAGUAGGCCAUAACGUGACAGUUUUUGAACGAAAUGAUAGAUGUGGAGGUCUUCUUCAAUAUGGUAUCCCAACAAUGAAAUUAGAUAAGAAAAUAGUUGCUAGAAGAAUUAACUUAAUGCAAGAGGAAGGCAUCGUUUUCAAAACUAAUGUCAAUGUUGGCGAUGAUAUUUCAGCUGUGGAAUUAAGUAAAGAAUACGAUGCUUUAAUAUUAUCAACAGGUGCAGCUUGGCCACGUGAUUUAGCAUUACCUGGCAGACAUGUUAAUGGUAUAAUGUUUGCUAUGGAAUUCCUUGAAACAUGGCAAAAGAGACAAUUAGGUGCACCUUCCCAAGGACCUCCACCAGCCAAAGAUAAACACGUAAUCGUCAUCGGCGGAGGAGAUACUGGUUGCGAUUGUAUUGCUACUUCAUUGCGACAAGGUGCUGCAAGUGUGAUUGCUUUUGAAAUUUUACCAGCUCCACCAAAAGAACGUUCCAAAGAUAAUCCAUGGCCACAAUGGCCACGUGUAUUCCGUGUAGAUUAUGGCCAUGAAGAAGUUAAAGUACGAACUGGAAAAGAUCCACGUAGAUAUGGAUGUUGGGCACAAGAAUUUUUAAGUGAUGGAAAAGGAAAUGUAACUGGUAUUCGAGCAUGCGAUGUCAAAUGGGAAAAAGAUGCAACUGGUAGAUGGCAAAUGAAUCCAAUCGAUGGUACUGAAGCAGUUUAUCCAGCUGAUUUAGUACUCUUGGCACUUGGAUUUAAAGGACCUGAACGUGGUAUUGCCACACAAUUAGAUCUUCCAUUAGAUGCACGGGGCAACUUUGAUGGUAAAUCGUACAAAGUGAGAGAUAAUGUGUUUGCUUGUGGAGAUUGUCGGCGUGGACAAAGUUUGGUUGUGUGGGCAAUAUCUGAAGGACGUCAAUGCGCUAGAGCUGUUGAUGCAUAUUUAAAUAAUAGUACAUCAUCGGCAUUACCUGGACCUGGUGGAGUUAUUACAUAAACAAUUUAAGUCAAAAAAAAAAUUUUUCCAGAUUGCUAAUUACAGUGAUUUUUUAUAGAGUAUUUUAUUUUUUAAUGUAUAAAAUUAUGUUAUUAUUCCUUGUAGACUGAUAUCGAAAAUAGACUUAAAAUUCAAAAGUAUUCAAAAUAAAUAAUUUAAUUAGUGUAAGAUAUUAUUGAUGAAUUGUUAUGGUUAUGCUUUUAUCAAAAUAAUUGGGUAGUAAUUGUUUCUAAACUUGUUUCCUAAUGCUUUGACUGUCAUGUUAGCCGAAUUCGAGAAAUGAAUAAAGUUUCUAAUGUCAAAACUGGAUAACAGAUAGAUUGUCUACACACAAAUAUUUCAAGUUGAUAUUUCAAAGAUUAAAAGAGCGAUAAAUGAAAUAAGAAAACCGAUUAUCCUGAUCGGGAUCUUCAGGAAUAACGAUUAACUAAAAAACUUUGAUGGUAGAUAACAUUCCAUGAUAGUUUAAAAAAACUAAAAAACACGCUUUUGUAACUAGUUGAACUAAAGAGUAUAAAAUAGUUUCUGUAAGUUCAUAAAAAAAAGAGUGAUUAAGAAAAAAAUCAUUUUAUCGUAAAAAAGCGUGAGGUGCUUUUUAAGAUAAUUUACAAUGAUUUUACUUUUACCAAUAACUGUCAAUAAAAUAUUUACAAUACCUAAUUGAAAUCUAUCACCUUAUGAACUUACAGAAAUUAUUUUAUACUUUUUAGUUCAACUAGUUACAAAAGCGUGUUUUCUUAGUUAUUCUUCCUGUGAGCGAUCCAAAGAACAUCUAUUGCAUAUAAAUUGCCGGAUUGCUGUCUGAUUCACUAACAAUCUUUAUCCUUUUUUGGCAUUAUCACACCUGCGCAAAAUGAAAAAUAAUUUCAUAAACGAUGUCCCUUAAGGUUCUUCAUGCUUUUCUUGUUUACCGGUUAGAUAAAAACCAGGCUUAUUGCACAUUGUAGUAAUUGUUAGACCGAUGUUUUUAUCAGUCUAAAUGUUUAGCAAGCAGUGCCAGUCAAAGUGUUAAUACUGUUAAUGAACUUAUCCCGUCUCAAUCGACCAAUAAAUGAAAGUGUUAAAGAUCUACAAUAUUUUAAAUUCAUUUAUUCUAAAUUUAUACCUAAUAUAUCAAUAUUUAGAAAGUGUAAAAUAGAUGAGUAAAUUAUCUUAAAAUUCGCCCGCGCGGAAACUUACAAAUUAUAUUUUAUUAUAUACAAAUAUUUAUCUGGAUGUCACUCAUGUAAAUUGUUAGGAUUCCUUCCAACGGUAACCUUUGCUUACUUUUUUAAUUUUAAAAACAUUUUUAAAGUGAAUUUGAGUUCAUAUCGAACAUAAAAUAAUCCGAUUCGUCUUAAAAUACAUAAAAAUCUUUACACAGGUUAUCAGCUUGUAUUCAUUAAAGUUGAUACAAACCAGUUGACAAAAACUUUAAAUCUUGUGGUAAACAAGAAUUUGCGAAUAAAAAUAACGUUAUUAAUUUCUGUAGUUAACGAGAAUGAGAAUUCUCGGAGAAUACUAAAAAUUAGAAACACCAGAAAUUAAUGCCGAUGGCUUCCAAAUCAGAGUUCUGAUCCAUCUUAAAUCAUAAAUUUGAGUCAAAGAGUUUUUAACAUUUAUUUCCACUAAUUUUGAUUUGAGUUACAAAUACCUAUCAAUUAACAUCUCUUUUCCCAUAACCCACGUAGUAAAGCUUGCGUAGUUCCAUUAUAAUAGUCAUAAACAUUGGUGAUAAUAUUGAAAACUGUUCAUUUAUUUAAUAAAAAU